AUGAGGCCCCCGGCGGCAUGGGACCGCGCCGCCACUCUUGGCACCCGCGCCGGCGACCUGCUCUCGGGCGUGCUGGCGGCCGCGGCCCGCGGGCUGCUGCCGCGCGGCCCGCUCGCCCUGCCCGCCUGCCCGCGGCGGGCGGCGGCCGGAGCCGAGCACGAGGCUGCCCUGGCGGCCGCGGCGCCCAUUUGCAGUGAUGCGCGGAGCGCUCCAGCAAAGGAGGCCGCCGCGGAGCUUCCGUCCGCAGCCCCGCAUGCCUUCCCCGAGAAG